UGAAGUAAACAUCUCUGCCAAAUUAGGACAGAUCGCUCAGAGUUUUUGGAUGAAAUAAAAUUAUAAAACAACCAUUGGUUGGAUACUUGGUGUGAAAAUCAAUUGUUUUGAUUAUCUCAGAUUGAUCGUUGAAACAAUUAAAGGUAUUCAAAACCUUUUAGUAUACAUUUGCAAUGGAGACUGAGGGUGUCGGUUCACCUGCUAAACCUCCCAAAUUAAUGGCAAAUGGAGAGGACGCAAAACCUGUCAAAUCUUCUAAACGAACUAUUUCUACUCAGGAAAGAACCCUUGCUCCUCAGCCUGAUUGGUCAGCUUUUAUGCAGAUGCAGGCAUAUAACAGUGCAAGGCAUAUUCCACCACUUUCUUCGAACCCGAAUUUUUCUGCUUCACAUCCAUAUAUGUGGGGAAAUGAGUAUCCGCCCGUAGGAUUGUAUGCCACCCAGCCCCUUUAUCCUGGUUCAUAUCAUCUUUGUGCAAUUCAUAAUCAUCCUAAUGCAGUUGGGGGUUGGGCAUUCAAAAUUCCAGAGGCAGAAGGAAAGGUAUUCUACGGGACAGACUGGAAGCCAAUGAGAAAGUGCACAGGAAGCUUGGGAGGUGUUGGAUUUGUGGGUGAAAGGUCAGGAGAAAGUGCAAAGACAACUGGGAGUUCAAGAAUUGACCGUGAUAUAGGAAGUGGAAUUGCGAGCACAUCACACGACAGUGACAAAGCUAAACACGAGGAGUGUCCUGUCAUGAAGAAGCGAUGCUUUGAUCAGAUGCUUGCUGACGAAGCUAAUGUGGACGACAAGAAUACCGUGACUGCUAACUAUGGUGGAGCAAAGCAUCAAGUUUUGCUCCAAGGCGACAAACUCUUAUACAUGCCUGCAUCAAAGGGGGACAGGGGGAUCAGCUCUAAAGGAUCCUCUCCUGCGUCCAAAUUCAUGAUGAAGAACCCUAAUAAACCCUCUGGUGCUUCAGAGCCAGUGGCGUCAGCUAAAAUGGUUGCACGUGAAAAGGUCAUGUCUGCACGGCAGAUUCAGGAUGUACCUAAGCUACUGGAUGAAAGGAGGAACCUGCAAAAUAAAGAGGCAGCUAGGAGGUUGAGAGAUCGCAGGAAGGAACGAAAAGAAAUAGAAGCCAAGGCGGACACCUUACGCAGGGAAACUUCCAUGCUCACAAAAACACUAACCAGAUAUUCAGAGAUGUGCUUAGAGCUCAAGGACGAAAAUGACUGCUUAUUGGAAGAACUAAAGCGGAUGGAUGAAGCAAAUGCUUUCUCUGCACUUAAGGCUAAGGAUCCUUACCCGUGUCUUCAAUUGGUUCGUGAAGACAACAACAAUGGCCGCAAUCAAGAAUCUUCAAGUGACCACAAAUCGUCACUGACAGAUCCAUCAACACCUGACACAUAGAUUUUCUUAGUAGAGCUAAAAGUAUAUUUUUCUGUUCUCAAGUCUCUGAGGUCUAAUUUAUCAUGCUAAGCGACCACACAAGCAAUUCAAUUUUACAGAAAGUAGAGGAGUUUUGAUUCUUGUUUGAUACGUUUAGAUUUGGUAUUGAAGUGAAUAAUUUUCGU